CUUAAAGCUGUCACCAAUCAAUCAUGCACACAACCGGAAUAAAGCAGCAUAUAAAAGGAGCCAGAAACUCAGCAAAUCAUUCAGCUAAGGGAAGGCAAACGGCACCGAGGCUUAUCUCCAUGGAGAAAUCAACUGACAAGCCAAACGGUGAAAAUCAAUCAACAGUUCCUGGAGCACCGCAGCUUGAGAAAGGUAGUCCCGAGCCCACUGCAGAAUGUGCUUCAGGAACAAGCACGGGAGGAGCUCUAACAGAAAUCGCUGCCGACAUGAAGAGACUGGGAUUCACCGAACAGCAUGCUGAAGAAAUGGAGAGACCGCCAGGAACAGAGCCAGACAGUCCUGAGGGCUCUGAACCAGCAGCUCCAGAAAGAGACUGCCCAAACUCAAAGCCUCCAACUACGGUAACGAACUUUUCCAUCUCUCCUGAAGCGUUCAGUUCUGAAAUGCUUUCACCCACAUCAUCUGCUGCAGAUAUGGACUGUCUAGUCUGCUUCAACAGGUAUAACAUCUACAGGGUACCCAAGCUCCUGGACUGCCAGCAUGCUUUCUGUGCCGUCUGCCUCAAGCUUAUUCUUAGGAAAGAGGACGAGACCUGGGUAAUCACCUGCCCUCUGUGCAGAAAAGAGACUGUUGUGUUAGGAGGACUCAUCCGCACACUUCGCGAUAAAGACGACAUCAUGGACCACUUGGAAAACCCCGAUUUAACUCCCGAGAUACACAUCUCCCCCAUAGGGCUGGACAACAAUAGCUGGACUCAAACCAGCCAAGACAGUUUAUACAGAGAACAAAAUAUUCCAGAAGACAACAGACUGGCUGUCCAGAGGCUUGUGCUGCUCUUGCUGCUUGUCGUGAUUCUCACUAUCCUCAUCCUCCCGUUUCUGUACUCCGGGCUGAUAAAGUGGGUGAUCUGCCUUAUGCUUAUGCUGGGGGUGAUCAUGUCUUUGGUGCUCUGCUGCAAUCCUAAAUUCCACUGCAGCUGUAGCAGGAACUCACUCACCUCCUGCCACAAGGAGACCAGCAUCACUGCCAUCGCUUGAAACGGCCGAUGAGAGCUGCCUAGAGACGACGGACUGCUGCUAUCCCGAAGCUGCACGUGAGGAGCACUGAUCAGUUUUCAGACUUGAAAAGCAAUCAUUCCCAUAAAUUCACAAAAUGUGGCUAAGCCAUCCCACUAAGGCUCAAUGCCAAUACACAGUAUUGCUCAAUUUUAUUACCUGAAACAUAGCAAAAUAUUUAUAUGUAGUAAUUUUAUCAGAUAAAAUUACAGGCUUUUUGUGAUUUGUACUUCAGACGAGUAAUUUUGUUGUUUUUCUUUGUCAUUUUGUUCCUGUUUGUGUCAUUGCUGGAUUAGUGCUGCAGAACAUUGUCCAAAAUGCCUGACAUGUUACCCUGCAAAAAUCUCUAUCUGCUAUCGUGCUUUCCACUAUCUUAACAUACAAAUGCUUUUCUUGUGACAACGCAGCCAAUUAGAUUAGUAAACCCAGGACUCGAACCCUAGUCUCAAUGGAAGAUGGUAGCUUCAACACAGAUCAUCACUUUAAUCCCUGUCAAAAUGGUUGUUAGCAGGGAUGGGAAGGGGGAACGAGGGAAAGAGGAUGCCAGCUGAUGCCAUUUUAAGCUGCACAUGAAGGUAGAGAGGAAGAGGUGAAGUAACACUCCUAAUCUUGAGUCUGUGCCUUGCAAAGGGUAAGGCUCUCAAAAAUGCCUGACGCUCCAGCCUCUCUCCUUCCCCCCAUGUUCUUCAGCAGUGAAAUGGUUCUUUUCACUUGCGCUCCUGUUUUAUCUGGCUGCCUGUACCACCUCUGUUCUUGCCAUCCUUACUUGAAGUAUGACAUUGCCCUUUGGAGAUGCCCACAAUUCCUUCUCUGGAGAUGGAAAGUUAAUUGCUGUAAUAUCACAUUUAGUAUUUCUGUAAGGAAGGUGUCCAUUAAAGUUUAAUAACAUUAACUGCUCAUUGACUUCUGUGUCU